UUCCUUUAUUUUUUUUCUUUUCAUCAGUCUCCUAAAAGUUGAUCUCAAAUUAGAGACAAUCCGAACAAUGUUUAGAGAUUACUUGUAGUCGAGACUCGACAGUGUGUCAGCUUUCCCAAGAAGAAGUGAUCCUCUCUUAGGACUUUGCUACCACCACCCCUCUCUCUCUCUCUCCAGCUUCUUCAAUGGCGCUUCUGAACCACUUUACUCCCUGUAUUUUCUUCCUCCUCCUCUUCUUUACUGCAGGUAUUACACUCACGAAGUCUGCUUCGCCGGAUGUUGAGCUUGUCUUGGGAAAGAUCAGAGCUUCAUUGCAAGGUAACGCUGAGAACCUUUUGCUAUCUUCAUGGAAUUCUUCUGUGCCUUUGUGCCAAUGGAGAGGCCUCAAAUGGGUCUUCUCCAAUGGCUCUCCUUUGCUCUGCAAUGACAUCUCUUCCCCACAAUGGACUAAUCUCUCUCUCUUCAAAGACCCGUCUCUGCGCCUUCUCUCCCUUCAGCUUCCCUCUGCUAAUCUCACUGGUUCACUCCCCAGAGAGUUGGGUGUGUUCUCUAUGCUUCAAAGUCUCUAUCUUAACGUCAAUUCACUGAGUGGAACAAUCCCUCUUGAGCUUGGCUAUAGCUCUUCACUCUCUGACAUUGAUUUGGGUGACAAUUUGUUGACCGGAGCUUUAGCACCAUCUAUCUGGAAUUUGUAUGGACUUGUUUCUCUUAGGCUUCACAGUAAUUCGCUAUCUGGGUCAGUCCCCGAACCUGCAUUACCAAACUCUACCUUCAACAAUUUACAGGUCUUGGAUUUGGGUAACAACAAGCUUUCUGGGAAUUUUCCACAAUUCAUAACCCGGUUUUAUGGGCUUAAAGAGCUUGAUCUUGGGAAUAAUAUGUUCUCAGGUUCAAUUCCAGAGGGUUUAUCUGGCCUAAACCUUGAGAAAUUGAAUCUUUCACACAAUAAUUUUAGUGGGGACUUGCCCCUUUUUGGAGAAUCAAAAUAUGGUGUGGAGGUGUUUGAGGGAAACAAUCCGAGGCUUUGUGGUUUACCUUUGAAAAGUUGUAGUGGAAGUUCUGGAUUAAGCCCAGGCGCAAUUGCUGGUAUCGUGAUUGUUUUGAUGGCUGGAACAGUGGUUUUGGCUUCACUGUCGAUUUGGUAUGUGCAAAAUAAAAAGCAGAAGAGUAGGGGAGAGAAUGCAGAUGAAUUGGAGGAAGAGGAAGAUGAUGAAGAUGGAGGUGUUGGUAUUGGUGUUGGUGGUGGUGGUGGUGGAGGUGGUGAAGGGAAGCUUAUUUUGUUUCAAGGUGGCGAGCGUUUGACAUUAGAGGAUGUCUUGAAUGCAACGGGGCAAGUUAUGGAGAAGACAAGCUAUGGGACCGUUUAUAAGGCAAAGCUUUCUGAUGGAGGGACCAUUGCUUUGAGAUUAUUGAGGGAAGGUAGUUGCAAGGAUAGGGGUUGGUGUUUGCCCCUGAUAAAGCAGUUGGGAAAGAUCCGCCACGACAAUUUGAUUCCAUUGAGAGCUUUCUAUGAGGGGAAGAGAGGGGAAAAACUCCUCAUUUAUGACUAUCUACCUCACAGAACCCUCCAUGAUCUCUUACAUGAAGCUAGAGCAGGAAAACCAGUGAUGAACUGGGCUCGAAGGCACAAGAUUGCAUUGGGUAUAGCCAGAGGACUAGCAUAUCUUCAUACAGGUCUUGAGGUACCCAUUACUCAUGGAAAUGUGAGAUCCAAAAAUGUGCUUAUAGAUGAGUUUUUUGUUGCCAGCCUCACUGAAUUUGGGCUUGACAAGCUAAUGAUCCCAGCCGUAGCUGAUGAAAUGGUAGCACUUCUAAAAACUGAUGGUUACAAAGCCCCAGAGCUUCAAAAAAUGAAGAAAUGUAAUUCUAGGACAGAUGUCUAUGCAUAUGGGAUAUUGUUACUGGAAAUUUUGAUAGGAAAAAAACCUGGAAAAAAUGGGAGAAGUGGGGACUUUGUCGAUUUGCCUUCAAUGGUGAAAGUAGCAGUUUUGGAGGAGAUAACGAUGGAGGUUUUUGAUGUGGAGGUUUUGAAGGGUAUAAGGAGUCCCAUGGAAGAGGGUUUGGUUCAUGCAUUGAAGCUUGCAAUGGGUUGCUGUGCUCCGGUGGCUUCAGUUAGACCUACAAUGGAUGAAGUCGUGAAGAAGUUAGAGGAGUAUCGACCAAGGAACAGGUCUGCUUUAUACAGCCCUACAGAAACAGGGAGUGGAAUAGAUACACCAUUCUGAGCCCUUCUUUUUCCUUGUGUUCAUCUAAAUACUAGUUCCAUCUCUGGUCACUGUAUCUGAUCCUCAUCAAGAAGGUGACUGUAGUGUAUAAUGCUAAUGUUUGUUAUAUUUCUAGGAAUUGGGAAUGUUUGAUUUUAGACAAUGCAGCACUUAAAACAUCUCUAUAUCUUGAAUGUAACAAAUGUUUUUUAUAUCCCCGAA